AUAGCAUAAAAUACAUAUUACAGUUUCAUGUCUAUCAAUAAUCAACACUGUUAUAACUCAAAUGAGUACUUGCAUCUCAACGGGAGCGUUACAUCUGCCAUUACCUCCCCCAUAGUUAAACGGCCUAUAUCAACCUAAAUAACAAUACACAUACGUCACUAUGCACUAAGGCGAUUACAAAAUACACAAUAUAUCGAAAAAUGAACUAACUCAAAAAAUAAAGAAACAUACUUACGCUGUUUUAGCGCUGUGCCGUUCUGCGCGCGCAUCGCUCCCCUGAACAUUUCACGCAAGCGAGCGUCACUCCGCCAGUAGGGCCCGUGCUGAGCGGACGUCGACGCGUCAUAGCUUCGCCGCGUUCGUCGUUCGUAAUUUUGAAUUUAGAACUUUCAUUUUUAAAUAAGUGUUUUAUUUUUUUUUAAACCAAGUGCGUUUGUAGUGCCGUUUGGAUUUGGAAUUUCGGACGUUAUUGUGUAUGGACCUAUGUUUUGAUCUAUAACAAUGAUGGGUGUCAGUUGUAUGAGCGUACGGCAGGCUAGGGGCGCUUGCCACUGCCCCGCGUGCCCUAGGGCUUCGCAUUUGCCCCCGCAGACGUUGGUGCUGCCCCCGAUGGCUCUGGAGCCCGAAACCACCCCCGUUAAGGACAAAAAGGGGGGCAAGAUGAAGGUGCUUAAGAAAAUUAAGAAGAAAAUUGGAUUAGCGCCCCGCACCUCCUGCACCGGUGGCGCCCCCAACAACCUGCCCCCGCUGGGGUUCCACAGCGUACACGGAGAAAACAUCAGGAUAUCCAGAGACGGUUCCGUGGCGAGAAGGGUCGAGAGCUUCUGCAAGGGCGUCGCGUUCAGCGCGAGACCGGUCAGGGUUAAUGAGAAGGUCUGCCUUCGCUUCGUCGAGAUCUCCAACAGCUGGAGCGGCGUCAUCCGCUUCGGCUUCACCACCCACGACCCAACGACCCUGUCCCACUCGCUCCCCAAAUACGCCUGCCCCGAUCUCACCAACAAACCAGGGAACUGGGCCAAGGCUUUGGGCGAGAGGUUCUGCGAAAAGGACAACAUCUUAUACUACUACGUGAACUCCGCCGGAGAUGUCCACUUCGGCGUCAACGGAGAGGAUAAAGGCCUCUUCUUCACAGGAGUUGAUACUCGCUCGCCGCUCUGGGCGCUUGUUGACGUAUACGGAAACUGUACAGCAGUUCAAUUCGCCGAUCCGAGAGUCCCGAAUCAAGUUAGAAGACCGAAUCAAAGUCCUGUAGAAGAAGACAGACUUAUAUCUGGGAUGCGAUCGCUGUCUGUCGAAGAGCCACUCCCGCAGCCUAGAUACCAGAAUCCGUUAGUGCCUCUAAGCCUACACAGGACUAAAGGGAGGAACGUGCAGUUUAUUAACGAUAGAGGAGUCGCAGCCAGGAUUGAGGCUGAGUUCUGCCAAGGAUACGUGUUCACCGCGCGUCCUAUGCGUCCAGGGCAAACUAUUGUAGUCCAAAUCCUCUCUACAGAAACUGCCUACGCCGGCAGCUUGGCUAUCGGUCUGACCUCCUGUGAUCCAGCGACGUUAAGACCUUGUGAUCUACCCGAUGAUGCGGAACAGCUUCUGGACAGACCAGAGUAUUGGGUAGUCCGUAGAGACGCCGCCAACGGCUUACGCAGAGGCGAUGAGCUAGCCGUAACUUUAACUUUAGACGGCGAAGUCCGUGUUAGCAGGAAUGGAUCUAAUCCUAUCACAGUCAUGCACGUAGACCACACGUUAAGGUUAUGGGCGUUUGUGGAUAUCUACGGGGCUACGCAGAAAGUUAGGAUGUUGAGUUCGCAGACGGCUCAGACGCCGCCCCAGCAGCUGAGGGUGCUGGCGGGCUCAGCGCAGCCGAUCCAGACUGGUGCUGGCGGGACUGUGCUGGUCGUGAGCCUGCCGCCGCAGAAUGGUGGUCAGAAUGCGGCCAAUCAGCAGAUGACGUUGGCCAGCGCGCAUUAUAUUGAGCCAAUCCAGACAUCGGCGCUGUGCCUGAGCAGCCUCCCCCCCAUGUCUCCGCCGGCGUGCUCCCCCGCGCCUCCCCCCUACCCGCGCCGCGCGCCCGACACCUGCUCGGCCACACAGAACAGCUGCAACGAGCUCGUCAGCCCCGAGCGGGCCGAUCGACCCUCCACCUCCCGCCAGACCCACCAGCCGACCCAUCAAUCGACCCAUCAACCCAUCUACUCGGUCAUCGGCGACGGUCAGACCCUCACUGGUACCGAGUGCACGAUAUGCUACGAGAACCCUAUAGACUCUGUCCUAUACAUGUGUGGACAUAUGUGCAUGUGUUAUAGAUGCGCCGUUCAACAGUGGAGGGGCAAAGGGGGUGGCCAGUGUCCGCUCUGUAGAGCGCAGAUCAAAGAUGUAAUUCGUACGUAUAAGUCUUGAUUUAAUUCUAUUUUUAGAGCGUACGGUGUUGCCAGGUGAAAUUAAAAAAAAUGUUAUUGUUGAUUUGAACUGGCGAUACUGAUUAGUUAUUGUACUUAUUAAGCCCGGUCGCAGACGUUCGGAAUUUUGGAUGUGCAAGCGAGACAGCGCUAUUUGUAGAGCGACGUCCCGUUCCCACCUGUCAUUCCGUACGAGAACGGAAAAUUCCGAAUGUCUACGGUCAGGGUUCGAUUUAGAGAUUGCCAAAUAUCACUUGACGUUAUUUAUUUUGACAUUUGCACUUGGCUGCUCAAACUUAUCUUUAUAUUUCGUGAAAGGUCUUUUCAAAUGUCAAGGAUAAGUUAGAGCUGUCAAAUUAAGUUAAGGCACUGACACUUAGUUUAGUAUAUGACGUGACAUUGAUAUAAGCACCUUAUUUCGUCCACUUAAAGAAAUUUUACAUUUCUCCAAAACAUUGAAAGUUUUCGAAAUUUUGGAGUUUUGUUGUACACUAUUUGGACUUAUGAUAUAUGACAAAAACUAUUUAUAAUAAUGGAAAACCUAAUAUAUAACCUAAAAUAUGUAACUAUUGGUAUAUUAGUUGCUUUUAAGGUCAAAAUUAUUAUUUCGAAUUGAUGGUAACUUUUUAUGACUAUGGAAAAAUGGAUGUGUAAUGAAUACUGGCAGCUUAGAAUAGUUAUUUGUACAACAAGAGAUCAAAGUUUGAUAUUUCUUUGAGUGCUUAUUUUGAGUCCUGUGCAAGCGAAAGAUUCUAUAAUAGAUUCACGAGCGUAGCGAGUGAAUCUAAUUUAGAAUCUUGAGCGUAGUAAGGGAUUCAAAAGCGCACGAGAUGUAAAUAACUUUGAUCUCGUGUAGUACAUAAAAAUUUUCACCCUAAGCAGUGAGAACAUACCUAGAGGGACAGAGAUAAUAGAACCCAAGUAUAUCGAACUUGUAUUAGACCCCGCAUGUUGAAAUGACAUUUGACUAUAGAUUUUGCUCACUGAGUGACACAAAAUGACUCAGUGAGCAAAAUCUCAUUUUGCUCACUGUUUUUAAGAAGCAAAGUACCCUUGUUCGAGCUGCUGAGGUGAAAAAGUAUUUUACUGCCACAAUUUUUUUCUACCAACAGUCUUUUUUUCAAUGCUGGCAACUUAAAAACCCAACUGUCAGGUUGAAGGAAUUAAAUGCAGUGUUCCAAUAUGAACUUGCUUGUAUUUUAAAAAGUUGCAGUUGUCCAUGUGGAAAAAAAUAUUUGUUUACUGACUGUCAAAGGUAGACUUUCACAAAAGGAACUUGAAUGUAGCUAAUUUAAAUUAAUUGAAAUGAAUUUUUGGUAGUGUAAUGUAUGGAAUUCACAUGUAAUACUAUAUAAAAUCAAUAUAACAAGAUAUUAUUUAGCAAUAAUUAAUAUAAUAGAACAAUAAUUUUAACAUGAUAAUCAAGUUUUGAAAAUAAAAUAGAAAAUGAUUAUAAAUGCACAAAUUCUUAUAUUAGACUAGUUAUACAACAACAUACAAAAUUGAUUUAUAUUUAUGCAAUUUGUAUAUAGUAUUAUAUGUGAAUGAUAUAAAUAUGUAUGAAAGCGGUAGUAACGGCUAGGUAUUAAAAUAAGCAGAUAGGGUUCCUAGCGUACAUUAUUCAUUGUCUAUGCGUAUACCGGAACGUAUCAUAAACAUUUAAAAAAAGCUACAAAAUAUGUGGCAACACUUUUGGUAAAAAUGUAUGUAUUGUAUACGAUAUAAUGUUGCCACGUCAAAAAAAAGUAUCAAAUCUGUUAAGUACCGCAAUAGAAUUUUAAUUGAAUUUUUAGUUGAUUUGAUGAAUAAGAUGUCAAUUUGCGAUCUUUCAGACUAUACCUUCUACAAAAAAAUUUUAUGGUCCGUUUCGAUGCACGCACAGAAAUCAUGGCUACGAAAAUACGUACGUCCAUAUUGAUUAUAAUUAUAAAUUGAUGAUAGAUGAUAAUUGCAUUUAAUGAUUUUAUGAUCAUAUCAUUGUUUCUACGUAUUACCGAGGUCAUUCGCUUACAUUUACUACAGUACAAUAUUUUCAUUUUAAGCGGUAUCCAGACGGGAUGAUCAAAUCGGCCGAUUUGAUCACCAAUUGUAGAUUUAUGGUGAUAUUAAAGCCUUCUAAAUUGAAAAAAUGCCCCAGAACGAAAAUACUGGUGUCACUAAUUAGUAUUCUUGCGUCCGCACGUCCUGCUUCGAUCGGGCAAUUUAAUCAGAUUGGCGAAAAAUUGACUAGUCUGGAUACUCCUUUACAUUAGUGAAUGUUGGGCUAUGGCCUAUGGGUAGGGAGUUCCUAUUUACGGUUUUUUGGUAAAUUUUCUCUCUGGGGCCGAUUGCAUAACAACUUGUAACUAAUAAUAUUAGCGAAAGUCUCUUUCUAAUCAAAGGAAUUGGAAAGAGACUUCCGCUUAUAUUAUUAGUUACGAGUUGUUAUGCAAUCGGCCCCUGGUCGCUCGAUUAAUGCUUCAAAAUGACAUUUCUAAAGUAAAGGCGAAGACUAACUUCAUAGUAAAGGCUGCAAAUUUUACUAAUCCUGAUGUUAGUUUACGUCAAAAUGACAUUUGAAGUGACCAAGCGCCAUGACAGAAAAGCGGAGUUGCCAGUAGAUAAAAAGCUACCGAGCAUUAUUGCCAGUGCUAAACUGCUCGGGAAAAUUUACCCAAAAACCUUCUUCGAGACAAUAGUUAACCAGUAAGCUUUAAAAAAUGUCUAUUGGUACCAUUCCUUUCUUGCUCAAAUGAUUUUCUUCAUGGCAAUACUGAGUUGACAUAUCUAGACUUUGACAUAUCUAUCCUUUUGAAUUUGUACAUAUAUUUAAUGAUCAUUCCUUAGUGUGAUUGUACUCAGAGGUACAUUGGACUUGAAUCUUUAAAAAAAUGCAAUCUUUGAGUAGAAUCAUAUUUAAUUUUUAGAUUACCAUUAAUUUUGUGUAGACCAAACUUUGCAGCCAGUUUUAUAUUUGAUUUAAUUUGUAUGCUUAAUUUAUUUAAUUAUUGUUUUAAUCAGUGGAUUUCUAAGUUUACGGAGACUGAAUAUGAUAGUUUCUCAAUACAAAUCUCUUUGAGUUAGCGGCAGUUUACUGUCAAAAAUAAAAAAAUAAACACUUGUAAUACCCAUAAAGCUAGCGUCCAUUAGCUUCGACGAUCACUUUACUGCUAGCGAGGCAAUGAUAAAAAGUAGCACAAAAAUUACUGCCGCCGCCUCAGAUAUUUUUGUAUGGCAAUACUAUAUUAAGACUACUGAGCGGCUACCGCGAAAUUCGCAAAUUGCGGGGAUCUUUCUCUUUUACUCCAAUGAAGGCGUAAUUAGAGUGACAGAGAAGAAUCCCUGCAAUUUGCAAACUUCGAUUUUCGCGGUUAUAGCCCUGAUUCUACAUACCAAAACAGUGUGACCAGUUUUCGACUACAAUAUCACAGUUUCAAGCCAAAUCUUUGUAUAAGUUAGCAUUGUAAUAUGUAAAUAUUAAUUGUGAUUAAGAUUUAUAUGCUGGUACAUGUCUGACUGAUAUUUUAUCACUAUUCUAAUUUAUUUUCCUGUCAUUUUUAUUUUUUUUUUUAUAUGGCAACACCUUUGAUCAGUACUACCAACUGAAAGAACCAUAAAUUUCUUCGAAUAAGACCCCAUUCACACGACAGCGGUGGAGCUUUUUAUCAAGCGUUGUUGGAUUUUCGACUUAGAGCCUUCGUCGUUAAAUCGAAUUUAGAGUGCGGACAAAUUCAAGCGCUUUUUUAACGCGCGUUGAAAAAGCUGUCGUGCGUAUGAGGGCUAAGAGCUAGCCCAAAUCCAAAGAAAUCCAAAUCAUAAUUUCUAUAUUUUUAUGGAAAAGUUCUUAGAAAAUCUGUCAUUUCGUUUCGACAGAUUUCCGUGGAGACGCGCUGAUUUCCGACGCGCCUGUACUGGCCAUAAAAAUGUUGUCAAAAAUACUAAUACCUUUAUUUAUCUUUUUUUAUUUUAAGUUGUUGUUAGAGUCUAAAAUUCUUCGUUUUUCUAUAUUCAUUUGGACAUGUACCAUCAUCGCGCAACCGAGGUUUUCCGAUGUACAAACUUCAAAAUAUAAUUCGCUGUCUAAAAGCGAAGUGUUUUGUUUUUGCAAUCCUGCUAGACCGGAUUUUUUUUCUUGAGGCUCCGGUGCCGUUAAAGUAAAUUCUUACGGUAGAUGUCGCUACGCGCCUCCUUAAGGAAGGAAUGGAGAAAUUCACACGCGCGGUGAUCUUCGGUAGCUCAGUUGCUUAAGAGCUAUUAAAACGAUGUUCCAAAAUGUGGCAAGUUCAAAUCUUGUCCAAUGUGAUGAAUUUUUGAUGAUCGAAUGAAAAGCAUAGUUACUCCCAUCUUUUAUAUAAUUUAACACACUUGCAACCCUGGUGUUGCAGGUGUCCAUGAGCAAUACUUGCUUACCAUCAGGCGUUUCAUCUGCUCAUUUGCCUCCUUUAUAAAAAAACAUGGACAGCUUGGCAAAAAAAUAGUAGGAAUUAAAAACGGCAACACUGUAAUGUCGUUCCGUUUCCUUAUAUCCAUUGGUUUCAAGGACGACUCUACAGUGUUGCCACUUUUUAAGUUCUACUCUUUUUUGCCAGGCUGUAGUUUGGAUAUGACAACUCCUAAAAUGAUUUAUAUUUUAAAAAUGCAAAAUUAUUAUACCGAACAUUCUCCUCACGUGUGAAAGUCAACACCGGUAUUGGCAAAUUCACCCUGUGCAAAAUUGCAGGGAGUAAGCCAGAAAAAAAAGGGAGGACACUACAGUGUUGCCACUUUUUAAGUUCUACUCGUUUUUGCCAAGCUGUGUGAGGAGGAAUUCUAGCUUUAUAGGUUAUUUUGAAGUUUGACCACCGAAAAACCUCCGUGUAUGUGAUAUGAUUAUUUCUACGGCUCGCGCCUGUACAGCUAUCGUCUAGUCGUUAGUCUAUUUAUUUUUACGUUCUUGCUACGAUGUUGGUUAGAUUAAGUUUUCGAAUAAAAAUGAUUAUUGAACA